AACUAACUGGCCCCUACCCCACAGCUUUGCCCCAGGUACGGAGACUGGUUAUUGGCAGUAGCUAUGGCCGGCUGUAGCCCCUUCAGGAGAGCUGUGUAGGAGCCGUGAGAAGCACCGACCUGCUAACCAUGUACACCAUGAUGGGAGGUGGCCUGCUCUGCGCAGUCUGCGGAUUGGUUCUGCUCAUUGUGGCCACGGCGACCGACUUCUGGAUGCAAUAUCGUUACUCUGGCAACUUGAGUAACCAAGGACUGUGGAGGUUCUGUGUGGCAGGGAAAUGCCAUGCCCACACCAUCACUGUAGCUUUCUGGGAUGCCACUCGAGCUUUCAUGCUGCUCUCCAUACUGUCCAGCUUUGCUGGCAUCAUUUUAGGACUCACAGCCUUCUCGAGUGAGGCCAGGGCAGCGAGGACUCGUUCUGCUGGGGCAACACUGUUAGUAGCAGGUUUCUUUGCCCUAUUGGCCCUGGCAGUAUAUACCGGUGUGACAGUAAAUUUCUUUGGAAAGCGAUUUGCUGACUGGAGGUUUUCCUGGUCCUACAUCUUGGGUUGGAUUGGGGUUAUACUCACAGUAUGUGCAGGUAUUUUCCAUAUCUGCGCCUACGUGAGGAGGGGCCCCCGGGAUGUGCCCAGUGUUUCCGAUGGAUAAUUAUCUGCCCCCAUUGCCCCUUCCUGCCCCUGGGUGUCCCUAAUCGUUCCUCUAAUUGCCCCUGCCACUGGGUGUCCCUAAUCAUUCCUCUAAUUGCCCCUUCCUGCCCCUGGGUGUCCCUAAUCGUUCCUCUAAUUGCCCCUGCCCCUGGGUGUCCCUAAUCAUUCCUCUAAUUGCCCCUUCCUGCCCCUGGGUGUCCCUAAUCGUUCCUCUAAUUGCCCCUGCCACUGGGUGUCCCUAAUCAUUCCUCUAAUUGCCCCUGCCCCUGGGUGUCCCUAAUCGUUCCUCUAAUUGCCCCUGCCACUGGGUGUCCCUAAUCAUUCCUCUAAUUGCCCCUGCCACUGGGUGUCCCUAAUCAUUCCUCUAAUUGCCCCUGCCACUGGGUGUCCCUAAUCAUUCCUCUAAUUGCCCCUGCCACUGGGUGUCCCUAAUCAUUCCUCUAAUUGCCCCUGCCACUGGGUAUCCCUAAUCGUUCCUCUAAUUGCCCCUGCCCCUGGGUGUCCCUAAUCGUUCCUCUAAUUGCCCCUGCCACUGGGUAUCCCUAAUCGUUCCUCUAAUUGCCCCUGCCCCUGGGUGUCCCUAAUCAUUCCUCUAAUUGCCCCUGCCCCUGGGUGUCCCUAAUCGUUCCUCUAAUUGCCCCUGCCACUGGGUGUCCCUAAUCGUUCCUCUAAUUGCCCCUGCCACUGGGUGUCCCUAAUCAUUCCUCUAAUUGCCCCUGCCACUGGGUGUCCCUAAUCAUUCCUCUAAUUGCCCCUGCCACUGGGUGUCCCUAAUCAUUCCUCUAAUUGCCCCUGCCACUGGGUGUCCCUAAUCAUUCCUCUAAUUGCCCCUGCCACUGGGUGUCCCUAAUCAUUCCUCUAAUUGCCCCUGCCCCUGGGUGUCCCUAAUCGUUCCUCUAAUUGCCCCUGCCACUGGGUGUCCCUAAUCGUUCCUCUAAUUGCCCCUGCCCCUGGGUGUCCCUAAUCGUUCCUCUAAUUGCCCCUGCCACUGGGUGUCCCUAAUCAUUCCUCUAAUUGCCCCUGCCACUGGGUGUCCCUAAUCGUUCCUCUAAUUGCCCCUGCCACUGGGUGUCCCUAAUCGUUCCUCUAAUUGCCCCUGCCACUGGGUAUCCCUAAUCGUUCCUCUAAUUGCCCCUGCCACUGGGUAUCCCUAAUCGUUCCUCUAAUUGCCCCUGCCACUGGGUAUCCCUAAUCGUUCCUCUAAUUGCCCCUGCCCCUGGGUGUCCCUAAUGGUUCCUCUAAUUGCCCCUGCCCCUGGGUGUCCCUAAUCGUUCCUCUAAUUGCCCCUGCCACUGGGUAUCCCUAAUCGUUCCUCUAAUUGCCCCUGCCACUGGGUAUCCCUAAUCGUUCCUCUAAUUGCCCCUGCCCCUGGGUAUCCCUAAUCGUUCCUCUAAUUGCCCCUGCCCCUGGGUGUCCCUAAUCGUUCCUCUAAUUGCCCCUGCCCCUGGGUGUCCCUAAUCGUUCCUCUAAUUGCCCCUGCCACUGGGUGUCCCUAAUCAUUCCUCUAAUUGCCCCUGCCCCUGGGUAUCCCUAAUCAUUCCUCUAAUUGCCCCUUCCUGCCCCUGGGUGUCCCUAAUCAUUCCUCUAAUUGCCCCUGCCACUGGGUGUCCCUAAUCGUUCCUCUAAUUGCCCCUGCCACUGGGUGUCCCUAAUCGUUCCUCUAAUUGCCCCUUCCUGCCCCUGGGUGUCCCUAAUCGUUCCUCUAAUUGCCCCUGCCACUGGGUAUCCCUAAUCAUUCCUCUAAUUGCCCCUGCCACUGGGUGUCCCUAAUGGUUCCUCUUUCUAGUUCCUCUAAUUGCCCCUGCCAGUGGGUGUGUGUAAUUGCCCCUGCCAGUGUGUGUGUGUAAUUGCCCCUGCCAGUGGGUGUGUGUAAUUGACCCUGCCAGUGGGUGUGUGUAAUUGCCCCUGCCAGUGGGUGUGUGUAAUUGCCCCUGCCAGUGGGUGUGUGUAAUUGCCCCUGCCAGUGGGUGUGUGUAAUUGCCCCUGCCACUGGGUGUGUGUAAUUGCCCCUGCCAGUGGGUGUAAUUGCCCCUGCCAGUGGGUGCCUAGCUGUACCUCAUGAAGCCAUCACUUGCCUCCAGUCCCACCUCUAGAACUGCCCCAAAACCUGCCCCAGUCACAGACUGGGGCCCAGUAGCAUUUAUUGCCCCUACAGGGAUGUAGUGGUACCCUGCUGCCCCAUGUUCCUCUAUGUACCACUGGUGAGGCCACGGGGGCAGUAAGGGCACAUUGGUUACUCACCCUUCCGGCUGCACUGAUUGGACUAAUCAGCACAUGUGACUUGGGUUUCCUUCAACCAAUAAAGCUCUGCAAAGUUCUGAUCCGUCGCCUAGAAACCGUGUCUUGUAGCCAAUAAAUGAGAUUUUGUG